CCAGCGGGCAAAAGGGGUUACGCUUGCCCCACAGCACUGGGGUGUGGCGGUGAGGAAGAAAUCUCGUAGACCCUCUUCCCGUGCCCCGCAGGGCCUGCUGCUUCUCGGCCUACCCUCCGGUGCGGUACCUCCAUCCUCGGUGCCGGCAACAACCGCUUCUGUGUCUGCUUUUGCUGAGCUCCCAGCUGGGACAGUGGGCGGCGUAGGCUUCCUGGCAAGGGGAGAGCGCCGUAUCUUUUAUUUAUUUAAACUCAACACAGUUGCUCUGCCCUAGGUUAUGGGGUACUGGUGGGUGGACACCAGCGGUGAUUGAAGUCUCCUUGUGCUGGUAGUUAGUUGAAGACUUCCUGCUCUCAGCUUUAGGCGGGUGCUGCAGUUAUUUCUUGUUUGUCUCUUCGGUCCAUCAUGGAUUAGAGGUUACAGAAGGGAAGGGAGUCGGAUAUAGUUUUCCAAUUCAUAAACAGAGCAGCUAGAAAUUUCCACCUAAGCCUAAACCAUGCCUAUGCUUCGGCUGUGGUCUUUUCUCAUCAUCAGUUGAGGCCACUUAUAUAGGAACACAAAAGAUCAAGACAUUCUCAUCCCUUUCGCCAAGGGUAGCUCCACCUCUUGUUAGGUGUUAUGUGCUUCGCUUUCUUGUGGUUCUUGGAUGUUGAGUGAGGCACUUGAAAUUAGUAAGUGCUUCAGUUACAUCGAUCAUAGCACACGUAGGGGGAAUAGACUUUUUCUUAAGCAUUGAUCUGAAUGUUCUCAGUCAUCAGCUACAUAUUUAUUGAGUGUGUGUACAUACAUGUUUAUUUAUGCCGGAUAUGUCUAGAUACUUGCAGGCCUGAAGAUGGAAUGAUGAAGGAGUUAACAAUAGAACUGGGUUCUUUUCCUCUUGGACAUUACAUCCUGCUGGGGAAGACAGACAGUCGCACACAUUCUCAUUCCCCCCACCCCCAUAUAUAUAUAUAAACUCGUUUACAUAUUAUUACAGAUUGUGGUGAAUGCCUUCAAGGAAAACAAAUGCUGUGGAGUAGGAAGUUUCAGAGAGAAUGGGCAGGGAAGGUCUUCUGGGAAAGAUAAUGAGUUACAAGGCACUAAUAGUUCUGGAUCAUUGGGUGGUCUUGAUGUUCGCAGACGAAUUCCUAUAAAACUCAUCUCCAAACAAGCAAACAAAGCCAAACCUGCACCUCGAACUCAAAGGACUAUAAACAGGAUGCCUACAAAGGCUCCACCUGGUGAUGAAGAAGGAUUUGAUUAUAAUGAAGAAGAGCGGUAUGACUGUAAAGGGGGCGAACUGUUUGGAAAUCAGCGAAGAUUUCCUGGACACCUUUUUUGGGACUUUAAGAUCAACAUCUUAGGUGAAAAGGAUGAUACACCAGUUCAUUUCUGUGACAAAUGUGGAUUGCCUAUUAAAAUCUAUGGGCGAAUGAUUCCAUGCAAGCAUGUUUUUUGCUAUGACUGUGCUAUUUUACAUGAAAAAAAAGGAGAUAAGAUGUGUCCAGGCUGUAGUGAUCCUGUGCAGCGAAUUGAACAGUGUACACGAGGUUCUCUCUUCAUGUGUAGCAUUGUUCAAGGGUGCAAGAGAACGUAUUUGUCUCAGAGAGACUUACAGGCUCAUAUCAACCAUCGCCAUAUGAGAGCUGGAAAACCUGUUACCCGUGCUUCACUUGAAAAUGUUCAUCCUCCUAUUGCCCCACCACCAACCGACAUCCCUGAUCGUUUUAUAAUGCCACCAGACAAGCACCAUAUGAGUCAUAUUCCGCCAAAGCAGCACAUCAUGAUGCCACCACCUCCUUUGCAACAUGUGCCUCAUGAGCACUAUAAUCAGCCACAUGAGGAUAUUCGUGCUCCUCCAGCAGAAUUGUCCAUGGCUCCACCUCCACCUCGUUCGGUCAGUCAGGAAACCUUUCGCAUUUCAACAAGAAAACACAGCAAUUUAAUAACUGUCCCUAUUCAGGAUGACUCAAAUUCAGGUGCUAGAGAACCACCACCUCCUGCCCCAGCACCUGCUCACCAUCAUCCUGAAUAUCAGGGUCAACCAGUGGUAUCGCACCCUCAUCAUAUUAUGCCUCCACAACAACAUUAUGCACCACCCCCACCUCCUCCACCACCAAUAAGCCAUCCAAUGCCACAUCCUCCCCAGGCUGCAGGUACUCCUCACUUGGUGUAUAGCCAAGCUCCACCUCCACCAAUGACCUCUGCUCCACCACCAAUAACCCCUCCCCCUGGACAUAUUAUUGCCCAGAUGCCACCUUAUAUGAAUCAUCCUCCUCCAGGACCUCCCCCACCUCAACAUGGUGGUCCACCUGUAACUGCUCCCCCUCCUCACCAUUAUAAUCCAAAUUCUUUACCCCAAUUUACUGAAGAUCAAGGAACUCUGAGCCCUCCAUUUACACAACCAGGGGGAAUGAGUCCUGGUAUAUGGCCUGCACCAAGAGGGCCACCUCCUCCUCCACGAAUGCAGGGUCCGCCUUCUCAAACCCCACUUCCUGGACCACAUCAUCCAGAUCAGACAAGAUACAGACCUUAUUACCAAUGAUAAUAGUAUUUUGAACUGAAGAUAUGAUGAGGGAAAAAAAACUUAACGUGUAGUCAAUCUUUUAAUUAAGCUUUGACUGUUUGGGGAAGGAAAAGUACCUCUGAGGUGACUAUAAAAAACACGUAGGGUCUUGUCUCUAAAAUGGUUUUAAAUCUUGACCUUAGGAUUGAUUUCAAGUACUAUGCUAUAGUGCAGAUGAGUGGCUCAGUUGAGCACAGCUAUAUUUUAACAACUUUGUUCUCUAGGUGGUAAAUUGACCCAGAAGAGACCAUUUGUAAGAAAAAAAAAAUUUUUUUGAAAAAAAAAUUUUCAUUGUUCCACUUUCAAAAGUAUUGCUUUUGUUAAACCCAAUGUUUAGUUUUUCUUGUGAUACAUUUUUGUUAACCUGUGUAAAAGGAUUAAAUUUCAAUAUGGUUGUAAAAAUGCUAUUUUUAUGUGAAUUUAAGUGCAGCCACAUACUGUUUUAUAAAACCAUAUGUUUUACCACUAAUUUCCCAAAGUUACAAUAAAAUCCUAGAAGUAAAAAUUUGCUAGAAUUUGCUAUAAGGGCAGACUGUUAAACGAUAGAGAAUUAUUUCACAUUUUAGGCACUGAAAUUUUGCAAUAUCGUAAGUAUGUAAUACACUUCACUUGGAUGCCUUUUUAUGUUUAGGCAGCCUCAGGAGCACCAAAAUACAUUGGAAUUCCAAUAUUAAGAUAUAUUUAUGUUUGUAAUAUUAAAAAAUAUUCUAAUUAUUUGAAAAGAUAUGGCCAAAGGAUUCAACACUGUAGGCUCCAAGCUGGUGGGGGGAUACUGUUACUUAUUAAUGCUUUUUUAGUGAAUGGUUGGAAUCACAUGAUGCACCACACUUAUUAAUCUUAAGUAACAUUAUUUUAUAGAACUGUUUAAAUGGUGUUAUUUAGAUGAAGUGUGUUCUACUCUGUUCAUUGUCUUAAAUAUUUAGGGCUAAAUAGACUUUAUAUAAAUCCUCGUUUCAUGGUAGCUUAAUUCUGUGCUUAUGUGGAUUCUCGUUUAUUGGAUUUUAAACUACAAUUUGAAUGUUGUAGAGGAAUUUAAAUAAUGUAUUAAUGAAGGAUGUUUUCUUGUAAUCACAAACUAGCAUUUGCUCAGGUUUCAUUGCUGUGUAAUAAGGGGUUUUCCUCUAACUUGAAAUUUAAAAACUAUUUCCUUUCCCUUUGGUUGGUAAAACAGUCUAAACUUGGAAUAUUUUAGCAUGGAGUCAACAGUAAGGACUACCAGAUAAUUUUGUAUUGGAGAAGAGAAAAGUAAUGACUAAAUUGUGAAUUUCAGUGCUUUAUAAGGUGCCUUUAGAGUCAGCUUUUGCAUUAUAGGGGCUUGUUACAGUCCAGCUGAGAUGACCACUUACAGUUUAUACAGAUCUCAUAUGUAUAAAUCAAUCUUCUUAGGAUAUUAUUGUAUAUCCUUUGAAUAAACCCUGUGAAGUUUUUCCUCCCCCCCCCUAAAAUGGUGCAUAACAUAAACAUGAUGUGUAGAAUGCAGAUAUCAUUUAUUAGAUAGUUUGUAUAGUAUAUAAAUUUAGAACAUUUCUUUUUGACAAAGGAUAAACUGAUUGCUAAUUUACCAUUUGAUUCUGUCAGGAAUAGGCAAAACACAAUUCUUGGAUAAUCAGAUGCAAAAUCAUUUCUGAAUUUAGAGCAGAAUUUAGAAAUAAUACAAAUGGCCAUUUCAACUUUGGCUGAAAAUAAGUAAUACACUUUUUUCUUAAGCAAGUGGUUUUUCACACUUAGCAGUUUGAAAGUCUAGUUUGUUAAUGCACUAUUUCUAGUGAGAAAUUCUUGUUAUUAGAAGCAUGGGAGUGAAAUAGUGUGAAAUGGUGGUGAGUGCUUCUAUCAUAUUACUGUAGGUACUUGGACUGAUGCAAACUUGAUUCCUUUUCAUGCCCCUGUUUAGGAGCUGUUAAAAUAUUACUGUUUAAAUCCCAACCGUUCUUUGUUUCUUGUAAUUAGAAAAAUAGCCAAAUUCACUUUAGAGCUUCUCAACUAUUUAUGAAAAGCUCUCCUUCGCUUAUUGAAAUUCACUAGCAUUGAAUGUGGCAAGAAACCACUUUGUGUUUUGGAUAAAAAAAAAUUAUCGUGGUGAAAUUCCACAUUAAUAAUUCUUAUAGGCUUUUAAAAAUGAUUUAUUUUUCAGUUAUGUUUAAUAAAUAUGCAGGGAGGCAGAUCAGAUGAAUGUCUUGUAGCGGACAAAAAUUUUAAAUGGUGUUAGACUUGAAUUCAUCAGUUCAUUGUUUGAAUGAGGGUGGGUGGGUAGAAGGAAAACAAAAUUACUGUUAGUGUUUCUUUUCUUAAGGAAAAAGAUGUGAAUCCCAGCCUUAUUUCAGGGAAGCCUUUGAAGCUAUGAUGGACAUAAGUCUAAAUGUAUGUAUGUUUCAUUAUAUUGCUCUUAAGACUACUGAGGUGGCAGUUUAAUUCUUAAAAACAAUAAAAUGGAAGCAUAAAUACUA